AUGCACUCACUUGUUAUCCAACGCUAUGAUGUGAUUACUCCAGAGCGCUCCAUGCCCUCCAGUCCUACUCUCUCAGCUGCCACAGUUACACACACAACAGCAACCACUCGACAUGAACAUGUCCAAGAUCAACAACCUCCCUCUGUCGAUUUGGUGGAAUUGACAAAGCGUCUCCAAAAGGCAGCUGCGUCUCGAUCCUCCUCCUCCACAAGGCCACGAUCGCAAUUGUUCCAAUCUUCCAAGCCACCUUCUCCCUCCAACUCGUCCUCAUCUUCAACGACAUCGUCAUCUCCAGGCCAAUUAGCAGCAAGCAAGUCCAUGACUACUCCUGGUAGAGCUGCGCAACAGCAACAGCAACAGCAAGUGCCGCAACAUAACACUGCAAGUAGUAUUCGUCCACCGCUGACCCAUCGAUCAGCAAGUGCAACCACACCCUCUCAAUUUGUAUUCAAGAAGCCUGAAUAUGAUCAAGUGUAUCAUAAGACUCAUUUCCAUCAUCAUCAAGCACCUCCACCACCAUCCUCACCCUCUUCCAAAGUCACCAUCUCUGCACCUUCAUCACCAAGGGAUUCGUUCCUAGGCUGGUCUGAUCUGAGACGUCUCUUUCUCUCCUCCGAUCCAGCCCCGCCACCACCUCCAUCCACAUCUUCAAGUGUCACAGAACAUUCAUCCACAACUACUACAACCACAACAACAAAACCACAAGCCGUUUUUGCGAACCAAUUUCGUCAAGACAUUGAAGCACGCUAUGGCAAAUGGGGUCGUUACAUUGGAAAGGGAGCAGGCGGAUGUGUACGACUGAUAAGACGUUCCUCCGACAACAAGACCUUUGCCGUUAAACGGUUCCGAAAGCAACUACCUUCUGAAUCGGACAAGGAUUACAUUAAGAAGGUCACUGCUGAAUUCUGCAUUGGAUCCACGCUCCAUCAUCCAAACAUCAUUGAAACUCUCGACAUCAUUCAAGAAGGAAACUUGUUUUAUGAAAUCAUGGAAUACGCUCCAAACGACUUGUUCAAUGUCGUCAUGAGUGGCAUGAUGUCUCGUGAAGAAAUCGCUUGCUGUUGGCGACAAUUACUACAAGGUCUUGAAUAUCUACAUGGCAUGGGCAUUGCACAUCGUGAUCUCAAGUUGGAUAAUCUCGUCCUUGAUCAUCAAGGCAUCCUCAAGAUCAUUGAUUUUGGCUGCUCCUGCGUAUUCAAACCACCAUUCGAUAACACCAACACGAUCGAACGAUGCAAAGGUGUAUGCGGUUCAGAUCCUUAUAUUGCACCCGAGAUAUUCCAGCAACAGACCUAUGAUCCACGUGCCAGCGACAUUUGGUCAUGCAGCAUUAUCUUCGUUUGUAUGACAAUUCGUCGUUUCCCAUGGCGUAUCGCUCGUGCAAAUGACCCCUCUUUCCGCGCUUUUGCUACCAAUCACAAUCAUCAGCAAUUGCGCAUCCUCAAGUUAUUGCCACGUGAUGCUCGUCCUGUUAUUGCCUCCAUGAUGCAUGUCGAUCCCAAUCAUCGUGCAUCUCUUUCUACUAUCAUGGCCGAUAAGUGGGUCCAGAAUAUCGAUGUUUGUACCGAGGAUACUGCCGGCACAUGCCAUGUACAUCACGUCUUGACGCCAUCACCUUCCACAGAACGUGGUAACCUCGUGCUCAUUGCUGAUGAACCACCAGGCACCGUGGCCGAAAAAGAACGUCGUCGUCGUCCACCACCCACACCUCUUCCAUUACAACAACCUCAACAACAACAACAGCAGCAUGAAAAACGCAUGCAUCCAACACCACCUCCACCACCUCCUCCUCACCGUCCUCCAAUUGCCAUCAACAACAAUAAUCCAAAAGUCUAA